AUGGAUUUACGAAGCACCAUCCAGUCGACUCUGUCAGCCGACGCGACCGUCCGCACCCAGGCGGAAACGGCUCUGAAGCAGGCCGAGCAGCAUGCUGGCUUUAUCGGAGCCCUGCUCGACAUCCUGCAAUCCGAACAGGAGCCGGCUGUGCGCCUGUCCACCGCCGUCUAUCUCAAGAAUCGAAUAUCGCGGGGAUGGGCCGCAGAACAUACUCCCCACCAGCCCAUCUCUGAACCCGAGCGAAAACCCUUCCGAGACCGUCUGCUUCCUCUUCUAUCCUCGUCGCCGCCGCUGAUACGAGCCCAGCUCAUCCCGAUCCUCCAGACCGUCCUGCAGUACGACUUUCCCGCAAAAUGGCCGGAGCUGAUGGACGUGACCCUUCAGUUGAUGAACACCCAAGAUGCCAACCAAGUCUACGCAGGCUUACAGUGUUUACUGGCCAUUUGCCGCACAUAUCGCUUCCGCGCGGGUGAGGAGAGGCAAAAUCUGGACAACGUCGUCAAUGUCGCCUUCCCGACACUGUUGGGCAUUGCGAAUCGGCUGGUCAAUGAGUCGAGCCUGGAAGCGGGGGAAAUGCUGAGAAUAUGCGUCAAGUGCUACAAACAUGCCGUUUAUUACGGCCUGCCCGUGCCGCUUCAGUCGCAUCAAGCCACGGUCGAUUGGUGUACCCUCUUUCUGACCGUCAUUUCCAAGAAGCCUCCCGAAAGCGCCAUGGUGGACGAUGCUGAUGACCGGGAACGCAACCAUUGGUGGAAGGCUCGCAAAUGGUCAUAUGCCAAUUUGAACAGGCUUUUCGUGAGGUACGGGAACCCCACGAUGCUCUCUUCGCAGCAGGAGAAGGAGUACGGCGAUUUCGCCAAGAAUUUCAUCACAAAUUUCGCCCCAGAAAUCCUCAACGGCUACCUGGGCGAGAUUGAGAAAUGGGUGAGGGGAGACUACUGGCUGAGCAAGCCCUCGCUGUCGUACACGUUGAUCUUCCUGGAAGAGUGUGUAAAGCCAAAAGUCAUGUGGGACAAGCUCAAGCCGCACAUGGACAGCCUCAUCAAACACCUGAUAUUCCCCGUCAUGUGUCUGUCCGACGACGAUUUAGAGCUCUUCGAGGACAACCCAGCCGACUACCUGCACCGGAAGCUGAACUUUUAUGAAGAGGUCUCAGCGCCGGAUAUGGCAGCAACCAAUUUCUUGAUUGCGUUGACCAAAUCGCGGAAACAGCAAACCCUUGUCAUCCUCUCGUACGUCAACGACGUCGUAUCACGAUACGAGGCUGCUCCAGACGAUCAAAAGAAUCCGCGAGAGAAGGACGGCGCUCUCCGCAUGAUUGGUGCACUUGCGUCGGUCAUCUUGGGCAAGAAGAGUCCCAUCGCCGAUCAGGUUGAAUAUUUCUUCGUGCGACACGUCUUCCCCGAGUUCAGGUCUCCCCACGGCUUCCUCCGCGCCCGCGCCUGUGAUACCAUGGAGAAGUUCGAGCAGCUCGACUUCAAGGACCAGAAUAACCUGAUCACUAUCUAUCAGAAUAUCAUGGAAUCAAUGGCUGAUCCGGCACUGCCUGUCAGAGUCGAGGCCUCGUUGGCCUUGCAGCCCCUUAUAAGGCACGAUGUCAUUCGCAUCGCCAUGCAGACGAACAUCCCGCAAAUCAUGCACCAACUGCUGCAACUAAUGAACGAAGUCGAUGUGGACGCCCUGUCGCAGGUGAUGGAAGAUUUUGUUGAAGUAUUUGCCGAACAACUGACCCCAUUCGCCGUGGCGCUCAGCACGAAUCUCAGAGAUACGUAUCUUCGCAUCGUUAGGGAGAUGCUGGAACGUCAGGAGGCCAGAUUAGCUGAAACCGGCGAAGGACACAGCGACUACCUGGAUGACAAAUCCAUUGCGGCACUGGGUGUCUUGCAAACGAUCGGCACGCUCAUUCUCACGCUCGAGGCGACCCCCGACGUUCUGGCCCUGCUCGAAACCAUUCUCAUGCCGGUCAUCACCAUCACCUUGGAGAACAAACUGUACGACCUCUAUAACGAGAUCUUCGAGAUUGUCGAUUCUUGCACGUACGCAUCCAAAGCGAUCUCAGAGACGAUGUGGCAAGCCUUUGAACUCAUGCACAAAACUUUCAAGGACGGAGCGGAGCUAUACCUAGAAGAUAUGCUGCCUGCACUCGACAACUUCGUGUCAUAUGGCCAACAACGGCUGAUUGAACACCCGCCCUACCUCGCGGCUAUCGGAGGUAUGGUACGAGAUAUCUUUGCUGACCCUAAGGUGGGAGGCGUCGACCGUAUCUGCGGGUGCAAGCUCGCUGAGGCUAUGAUGUUGAAUCUGCGAGGUGGUCCCCUCGACAGCUACAUACCCACGUUUGUGACGCUGCCCAUGGAGGUCUUGGCCGGCGCCCAGGCAAAGUCGAUUGUUAAGAGCUACAAGCUUCAUCUGGUAGAGAUGGUUAUCAAUGCCCUAUACUACAACCCAAUCCUGGCAUUACACGUCCUCGAAUCCCAUGGCUGGACGAACAAAUUCUUCUCGAUCUGGUUCGGCAUGAUCGAUAAUUUCCGUCGUGUCCACGACAAGAAGCUUUCUCUUGCGGCCAUCUGCUCACUUCUCACGAUCCACGCUGAUCAAGUACCUCAGUCUGUCCAGACCGGGUGGCCUCGCCUUCUCACUGGCGCAACAUACCUCUUCCGAACGCUUCCAGCCGCAAUGAAGCAGCGAGAGGAUGCCGUCAAAGCCUCGGACGGCAUCUCCGACACGAUAUCAGACUACGGGUCUGAAGAAGACACGGAAGACUGGGCGGAGGAACCUAUCGCUGAAGGCCAAGAAUGGGGCCAUGUCGACGCGGCAACACUGCCGGAUACCAAAGGCGAUAUCAAGGACGAGUCGCAAGCCUACCUGGACUUUCUCAGCGAGGAGGCCAAAAAAUUUGGAGCACUGGCCGAUGACGACGAUGAUAGCAUACUUGACGACGACAGUUUGCUGGAGAGCCCUCUCGACAAGUUUGAUCCCUAUUCGGCGUUCAAGGACUCUCUCGGCAAGCUCCAGGCAGAGCAACCUCAGUUGUAUGAGAAUCUGACGGCCAUCUUAGAACAGAGCGAUCGAGAUGUCCUGCAGAUUGUCGUCAACCACGCCACUGCUGUUCAGCAAGUACAGACCCAGGGAUAG